UGACACCGACACCGUCAACCGUCAACUUGCCUCUUGGGCUGGCACGUCCACGCGAUUUGAUUUCGUAUUUUUGUUGUUCAUCGGAAUUUAUUAAUUUAGCAAUUUAUUGCUAUUUGUAAACUCAUUUUAUUAAUAAUUGGCUUCUAAAAUUAUUCAAUAAUGAGUACAAUUUUGGAAAAAAUCUCAGCCAUUGAGGCUGAGAUGGCUCGGACACAAAAAAAUAAGAACACAUCGGCACAUUUGGGUUUAUUGAAAGCAAAAUUGGCCAAAUUGCGACGUGAACUCAUCACACCGAAAGGUGGCGGCGGUUCAACCGGUGAAGGCUUUGAAGUUGCAAAAACCGGAGAUGCCAGAGUUGGUUUUGUCGGCUUUCCUUCGGUGGGUAAGUCGACGCUUUUGUCCAACUUGGCUGGAGUGUAUUCGGAAGUUGCAGCGUAUGAGUUCACAACGUUGACAACUGUUCCCGGAUGCAUCAAAUACAAGGGUGCCAAGAUUCAAUUGCUGGAUUUGCCUGGAAUCAUUGAAGGUGCUAAAGAUGGUAAGGGUCGUGGUAGGCAGGUUAUUGCUGUAGCACGAACUUGCAAUCUUAUCUUCAUGGUCUUGGAUGUUCUGAAGCCAUUGGGUCAUAAGAAAUUGCUGGAGCAUGAAUUGGAAGGUUUUGGAAUUCGGCUCAACAAGAAACCACCAAAUAUUUACUUCAGAAAGAAGGAUAAAGGUGGUGUUAAUUUCAAUUGUAUGGUCCCCCAAUCGGAGCUGGAUGCUGAUUUAGUGAAAUCCAUUCUUUCUGAAUACAAAAUCCACAAUGCUGAUAUUACACUACGUUAUGAUGCCACCAGUGACGAUCUUAUCGAUGUCAUCGAAGGAAAUCGUAUCUAUAUCCCGUGCAUUUAUCUCUUGAAUAAGAUCGAUCAGAUUUCAAUUGAAGAACUUGAUGUCAUUUAUAAGAUUCCGCACUGUGUACCCAUUUCAGCUCAUCAUCGAUGGAAUUUCGAUGAUUUGUUGGAACUUAUGUGGGAAUACUUAAGACUUGUUCGAAUUUACACAAAACCAAAAGGACAACUGCCUGAUUACACGUCACCAAUUGUCUUGCACAAUGAGAGAACUUCGAUUGAAGAUUUUUGUAACAAAUUGCAUCGUACAAUUGCUAAGGAAUUCAAAUAUGCUCUUGUGUGGGGAUCAUCGGUUAAGCAUCAACCUCAAAAGGUUGGUAUUGAGCAUAUUCUCAACGACGAAGAUGUCGUACAGAUUGUAAAGAAAGUUUAAUGGACAUACAUAUUACAUAUAUUUUUUUUAUAUAAACACAACAAAAUUGCAAGAAUUACAACUUAUCUUUGAAUCGCUUAAAAA